AUGCAGUUGGACUUUUCCGGUGCCUCUGUUUGCGUCUUCUUGGAGUUGCUACCGCAGCAGCACGAGCUGUUGCAGGCAGAGUCGCGGCUGCACCGUCGAGGCCAGCGGCGGGUGGUGACAACCUAUUUCCUGCUGAGUCGCUGUGGCCCGUCUGCAGCAGCACCUUCUGGUGUCUCUUCACAUAAAGCUGGUUCUGCUUCCGCUUCAACAUUUCGUUCUGUUUCUGGAGACCUCAGUGAGACAACAGCAGCCGAGGGGGAACAGGAGGAGACAGACAACACGUGGGCAGAGGAGGAGGAGCUUUUCCUGUGCACGUCUUCCACAAACCCCCUCAGCUGCAGCAGACGCAGCAGCCAGGGAAGAGCCGGCGAUAUGGACAGAGAAGCCGAAGCAGUCGAAGAAGCCGCCUGGCACAGAAUCAAGCAUCAGUCCGCUCUGGUGCAGCGCACCAUAGAUGGACCACUCGCCACGUUAUCCCAGAUUGGUGAGGCCCAGCAACAGCAGCAGGAAGCACAGCAGCAGGAGCAGCUGCAGCAACAGCAGGAAGAGACCGGGCCCUCUUUAUGCAACUCCAGCCAAGAACAAGAAGACGACAUGUUGGAGGUCGGCGGUGGUCAGCUGCAGCAUCAGCAUCAGCAACAUCAGCAGCAGCAGCAGGAGGUUCAUACAGACGAAGUCUUCACCACUGGCCUUGAUCUGUGCAGCUUUGACAGCCUGCAAGGAGCUUCACAGGAUAUAGACUUGCCAACGACACCUACAGAAGAGGGCGAAGGUGAAGGUCACCCCGGGGCCGCCAUGCUCAGUUCUCUUCAGGGGCAGCCACAACUCACCGUGGGGCUCCCUACCAGGCUCGUAGAUGACCGUUUAGCUCUGUCAAUCUCCGCAGCCGUUCGGUUUCGUAUCUCAAGGUACACCCAACGGCUGCAUGCGUUUCGAGGUCUCGCGGCCGUCCCUUUGGGCAUCUCCUUCUCUCCUGCUGAGCUGGGAACGGCUACCUUGUCACAUAGUGUUGUGGGACAGCAGCAGCAGCAGCAGGAUCAGCAUCGAGAAGGACCGCAGCAGCACCUGCUGUUCCAGCUACGGAUCAGUCAGGGUCAGUGCCCUAAAGGGGAGGCUUUGCGAUGUGUUCAGGAGGCGGCUCGGCAAUACUUAUGCCUUUUCCGUUUGUUGUCGUCCUUUGAGCAACGACGAGUGAGGGAGACUGCCUGGACGGUGCAGAACCUUCAGGUGUACAUACACCGACGCCACCGUGCACAGCAACAAAGCAGUGGGAAAUCAGAUUCUUUCCUAGGCUCAGACCCCCCUGAGGAGGGAAACCCAGGGAACGGGGAUACGCAAGAGCAGCAGGUGACGGAUGUACCCGCAUCACUGAUGCCACGCCACACAACGGACCCCCUUCUGCUUCUACAAUCCGCAGCAGCAACGCAACAGCAGGAACAGCAACGGCUGCAGCGACUGUUUUCGUGUCCUGAAGGGGAGGAAAUUGCCCCUGGGGAACAAAGUUUUGGGCCUUCUGCGCUUGACUUGAGCGGCAGCAACAACAGCGACGUGGGACAGGGCAACAGCGGUAGCAAGGAGAGGUCAUCAGAGGCAGAUGAGGACCUCCUUAGUGGCACUGUCUCCUCGCGGUUGAAGAGGAGGUCAGAGGUCAUCACAACUCCGCAGAACUUUGCGAAUGAUCCCAAGCAUCAUUGGCUCAUUCGAUGCUGUGAACAGGACCUCACCUGUAGCGGCCGUUGCUCCGAUGCCUACACUGCAAGGAGGCGGAGACAGGCGCUGAGGAGGCAGGUAGAACGGCAUGAUCGAGGUGUCUGCAGUAAUUGCAGGUUGGACUGUGGGGAGCUGUUGAUUGCCCUGAAAAUGUUGCAUGCAGCAGGCGAGCCCCAGUGGCGGCUUGAGGAAGAAGUUGUGCGCCUUGCCCCCAGCUUUCGCGCGUGGCCAUCUCUCACACGAAAACUUGCACGCCACCUUACGGCAAGCUGUGCCUGGGAAGCGGACCACAGACAACCCGUGAAGGAGGGCGGAGGCCUGGCGACGGUCGAUGCUGUGCAAACACUCUGCAAGUACUCAGAUUCCAUGACUGUGUAUGGCUUGACCAUCGCACCAGAAGUUCUUUAUCUCGGAGCAAUGCGAAAGCUUGUCAUGUGGAGAAGACUAUUGAAGAAAGAAGACGACGGCGGAAGCGCCGUCUCCUCGAAACGGCCCCUGAAGGCGGCACUAAAGCCUAGGAUGCACCCGUCCACCAAGGACUUGGUUCCCAUCCGCACGCAGCGACCGUCUCUCUUGCUUUACUUUUUCCCCAUUGUUGCUUGUUUACGCUUGCCCAACCUGCCAACCGUCGCAACAUCCCAGCAACAGCAACCUGCUCAACAGCCUGCCCCUGAAGUCCAGCAAACUGGCAGUGCAUGUGCAGACGGAACCAAAAAGUUAUCAGACGACAAACCGGCUGUGGGAAGCGUCGAGCAGCCCAAACAGCAGGAAGUCCCCGAAUCCAUGCGCAUUCAAACCCCCGUACCUUCACCUGCCGUAAUUGAACCGGCUUCUUUGCCUCCACAGAACGCCCAGGUCAACUGCAGCCCAUGUGGGUGUGAAAAGGCAACCCCCAGAUGGCAAGAAAACGAGUCUAUCUUCCCAACGAUGCACUACCUCAUCAAGACACGCAGCAGAGAGCCCAUAAACCAAAGUGUUUUGCUCGUCAACCCCUCAAAAAGUGACAAGACCUUCAACCUCCGCCUGUACGGGGACAGCAAAGCGUCCCUCGACAAGGAAGCCGCGAGCAUCCGAGAGGCUAUCUGUACUGUAGCCAGCUGUACUAAGAGUCGUCCCCCGUUCAUAUGCCAGGAGAAGGAAACAGAGAAUGCCUACAUCGACCUGGUUCAAGGCGGUAACUUGUACGACAAGAUUCGAGUAGAGACUCAUCUACUAUAA